CUUCAGAAGAGAUUUAAAUUCUAUGAGAGAAAUGUAAAAUUAGGAGAUGAAAUAGGGGACACUGAAAAACCACUAUGGAAAAUUAUAGAGAAAACGUCAACAGUCGUCGCAAACAGAUGACGUAACAGAAAGGGCACUCUCAAAGUACUAGCCAUUUAAGCGAGCACGUGAGGAUAUCAACAUCAAACAUCAGCUCCUGAAUUACGGUAACAUGGGGAAGAAUAAACAAAAGGGGAAAAAGCAGAAGAACGUCUUUCAAGUUGCUAACAAGCACUUGAAGCCCAAGAACAAAGCGAAACCUGUCACGACAACGCUCAAACACAUCAAUGCAGUGAAGAAUGAGAAGGUUGAGAACCUCAAUCAGAUCUUCACAGAAGUCCAGGGGGAUGUUAGGAGCAUUUCAAAAGCUGCUGCUCCCAAACCAAAGAAACAAACACAGGUUGUCAGAGAGCCACCAAAGGAAUCUGUAAACGUUGACAAUGCGGCUCAACUCUUCUCUCAGCUAUAAUGGACCAUGACAGCGGGACUGUCAUAAAGGACAAACACAGUGACCAGCUGAACUGUAUGUCUCUCCGUUUUGGACAUGUCAGUCAGUUUACUUCCAAUGCAUUUUGACAUUUCAUGCCAAAAUGAGGACUGUAGAUAAGAUGAAAAUAAAAAGAGGUUUUUGCACGAUAGGAAACCCCUGUGUGUGUGUAUUGUAAGCAUUCUGUAUAUUCAAUGCAAAGAAAGACAUAUGUGAUAUUGUUUCAGAAACAAAGGAUAUUCUUUUAAUUUUAUUCAUGAAUAUUCUUUGGUGUAGAAAUGUUUGCUUUCUCUUGGCUGCAACAAAAGAUUAUUUUCCUUAUUAAUUAAGCUGCUGGUUAUUUCCUUGAUUAAUUGUAGACUAGUGAAAAAUAUCCAUAACAAAGAACCAACAGUCCCUAACAAAACAUACUGUUAAUUAUCAUAUAUAACAAAUA